AUGGACGGAUUCUGCGACAUCAACGACAAUGCUUUAGAGCAUACUGGGUUGAAUAAAGCGAAAAGAGCAGGACCGCAAUAUCCGCAGCAACGAGAGGAACCCCACCAUUGGCACUAUAUCUCUGGUCAAGACAUACCUACUUCGAGUUAUCUCAUUUACCAUGCCAUCAACGUUUCCUUCUAUUUGCAAUACUCGCGCUCUCCGCAGCUAGAACGAGUCUUCUGGAAUAUGGAUGUGGGCGAUUGA